GAUUUUGAUGGCCUAAAAAGGUUAAUAAAUGCAUUGUUUAAUACUAUAUAUUAAGUAAUGCUGGAAAACCCAAGUGUUAAGCUCGAGCAAUCAUCUAUCAGACCAGCUUUUUGGAAAAAGUGGUGGAAAAGAAAGACGAUUACCCCAUAACUCUCUCUGCCAUAACGUCACCCAACUCACUGACUCUCUCGUUUUUUUUUCUCUCUUUUCCUGUGCAACAUGAGAUAGCAAGAGAAGGACAAUUGUAUAAUUUCUAUCCUUUCAGAGGGGGACGUAUAGGCAUAAAUGCAGAGAGAUAAAGAGAGAGAGAGAGAGAGAGAGAGGCGCUCGAGUAAGUUGUAAGACAUGGGAGUGUGACUAUGAUGAUUGAUGAUGAGCGAAAAGGGAUCCUCCUGGUUUGAGUCUGUGUUAUCGACUGAUACAUGUUUGCUUCUACUUUGCAGGAUUAACUUGUGAAAGAGUGUUAUGCUGGAAGGAGUAGAUUUGAUCUUGAGAUGAGCAGCACUUCUAGUGUCCAACAGCUAUCAUACUUCUAGCAAUGUCCUGUGACAUUGAGGACAAGUGGGGCUAAUUGUUGAUUUAUUUGAUAUAAGUGGGGCUAAUUGGUGGUCUAAAAUCUUCUGAGUCAUUAUAUGGUCCUAAGUUUUUGCAAAGUGCAGGUUCAGGUGAUGCCCCCAGCAGAAAUGGGAGAACUAGAAUUUCAGCAACGUUGGGAGUACAGAAGGAGAGACAAUGACUUUGAUUCUUCAUGCGAUGAUUCAAAAUCAAGUAGCGAGCCACUUCGCAAAAAGCAUAAGCUGGUAUCAAGCUUGAUCUCCGUAGGUGAUCAUGAAACUAGUGGACUUAAGCAGAAGGACAACGACAAUCCUGGAACAGGGGAUCAAAUCAAUGUUGGGAAAGCUAAGAAACGGAAAGCCAGGAAUAUAAGCAACAAUUUACAGAACAGUAAAAGGAAGAGGGAUUCUCCCAAAGAAGUUGAUUUACCGGAGGGUGAAACAAGUGCUUAUGAUCCUGUUCCUUUGGAUGAUGUUAAGAACUUCAUGGAGUCUUUAUUAGAGGAUCUUAAAGUUACUAGAGAGAACUUAUUGAAAUUGUUGAUGGAGGAAAUGCAAAAGUUGGUGGCAGAUGAUACUACUCCAGAGCCGAAAAGGAGAAAACGUGGUCAUAGAGGGAAGAAGGUCCAGUUGCAGCCAACAAAAAAAUCUAAGAAAGUUCAAGAUCAACAUGGAAAAACUGCCAAGGAGAGCAUGCAAGUCCAGCAUCCGAAUAACUUCGAGGAAAGUAUCCAAGUCCAACAGCAUAAUAACUUUCAGAAAACAGUCCUUGCACAACAGCAAAACAACUUUCAGGUGAACGUGAUGCAGCUUCAAGAGGAGGAGAAUAUUAACAGGCAGCAUCAGAAUGACAUAAAAUAUGGCAUGAGAUCUCAGAACUGCAAUAACAGAUCUUUAGUAGGACUUCCUAAAAGUAGUCAUGCUGCUUAUUCUACUGAUUGCUUCAAUGCAUUAGGAGAUGGAGUUGACUCUGGAAAAGUAACUGAAGUCAUUACUUCAUCGAAGAAGAGCGAAGGAGAUAGCUCGUCAAUAUCUGCGAAGUCAAAUCUUCAAACAAGUUGUGCUGACCAAGAUGUUCAAUUGCAGAGUCAUAAGAGCGUUGUGUUGGCAAUAGAAGCUCAAAAGAGGAAGGGUGGAUCUUUGGAGAGAAGUGUAAAAAGCAAGAAUACCGUUGAUCGCAGCAGUCACUUUCAAGUACCUGAAGAUCAAGGUGGUCAUGGCCAAGCCAUGAGAACUGCAUUAGCCACUGAAAAGACCAACGGGGAAAUGUUGGGAUCAUCUGUUGUUCAAAAUUUUCUUUCUAGUCCCUCUGGUCAGGCACCUUCUUCUAUGUAUUUAACGUUACCCACUGUCCUAACUGAGCCCAUUGUUGCUCCCAUUGUUGCUAAUCGCGGGCUUGAUGCUUCAUUAUACGACUAUAUUCUACCAAGAGUUGCUAUGAAGAAAAGAGGCGCGAAUUCAGAAAGAAUGAAUCAAAUUCUGGAAGCAAGUUGUACUCAAGGAUCAUUUCCAGUUAUACAUCCAGAAGAAAGAAUUCAAAGCUUUGCACCAAUGGGAUCCAGAAAUACGGGUUGCGUUAAUCAGAACAGCACCCCAACUUCAGGUAUUGGGAAUGGAUAUCCACUCCCACUUCAUCAGGGUAUAGAUGUUGGUUUAUGCAUUCCAAGACAAGUUCAUGCAGAAUAUCUUUAUCAGGACAAUGACAAAACACUGGCUUUGAGGAUGAAUGGAGGAGCAAUCAGUUUUGCUGGGGGAACCUAUAAUCUAUCAGAACACCCUGCUGCCAACAAUCGCCAUUUCCAUUCAACUUAUCAAUCCGACAGUGGACUUAUGUCGUAUCAACUCCAAAACAUUAAAGAUGGUCAUCUUUUACCGUAGUUCAUCAGCAGGAAUUAAGCCUCUUAGGGAAAUCUAUUUUAGGCAAAUAGGUCUCAAUCCCAUGAUGUUUCUAGAUUGUCUGGUCUGUUUUUUUCUUUUCUUUCCUUCUCAAUCUUUAUAACCCCGAAUUAGUGUUCUUUGAUUGUUUUCCUUCUGAUUCUGCUUUUAAAAAUGGAUGGAAGUUAAUUUCAUUCUUCAAAAAACACCGUGCAU